CUGGUUCUCAGCCGAGCGCGACAUAAUGGCAGAAUGGCGGCCUUCGAACUGCAGGGAAGUGGGAUUUUACACAGAGUUUUCUUCGUAAAACGCCUUGGGAAAACUAACAUUUUCGUUUAGAAACACAGUGUGCAGCACUCUUUGAUAGCAUUAUGAUAGUUUCGUUGUUGGUGCACACUUAAAUUUAGCCGUGAAGGAGGGUACAACAAUCCAACGAAGUCAACCGACGUUCCGUAGGACGUUUUACAUGAAUUGUUCCGGUAACUGCAAUCUUCUUCAUGGCAGCACAAAAUAACGUGGGUAUGAAGGCUGACCCAGAACUUCUAUUUUCGAAACUGGAACGAAUCGGCAAAGGAUCCUUUGGUGAAGUAUACAAAGGCAUAGACAAUAGGACAAAUACAGUUGUUGCCAUUAAAAUAAUUGAUUUAGAGGAAGCUGAGGAUGAAAUUGAAGACAUUCAGCAGGAAAUCACAGUCCUAUCCCAGUGUGACAGUGCUUAUGUUACAAAAUAUCAUGGCUCAUAUCUCAAGGGAACAAAGUUAUGGAUUAUUAUGGAAUACCUUGGUGGAGGAUCAGCCUUGGACUUGAUGAAGGCUGGUGCAUUUGAAGAAUUCUACAUUGCAACUAUCAUUCGAGAAAUCUUAAAGGGCCUUGACUAUCUGCAUUGUGAAAAGAAGUUACACAGGGAUAUCAAAGCUGCAAAUGUGUUGAUGUCAGAAAGUGGUGAUGUCAAGCUAGCUGACUUUGGUGUUGCUGGACAGCUGACAGACACAUUAAACAAAAGAAAUACAUUUGUUGGAACACCAUUCUGGAUGGCUCCAGAAGUGAUAAAACAAUCUGCUUAUGACUCAAAGGCUGAUAUCUGGUCUCUGGGAAUUACAGCUAUAGAACUGGCCAAAGGAGAACCACCUAAUUCAGAUCUCCAUCCCAUGAGAGUUUUAUUUUUAAUACCCAAGAAUAACCCCCCUGAAUUAACUGGAAAUUUCAGUAAAGCUUUCAAGGAGUUUGUGGCCAUGUGUCUAAAUAAAGAUCCUAAUGAUAGACCAACAGCUAAAGAGCUUCUGAAGCACAGAUUUAUUAAAACUGCAAAGAAAAAUACCUUUCUUGUAGAAUUAAUAGAAAGGUAUAAAAACUGGAAACUAAAGUGCCGGGAUGACGAUGACAGCAGUUCAGGGGAAGAAAAUGAAGAGGAUGGAGUAGGCUCAGUAGGUACUUCAAAGUGGAUUUUUCCUCCAGAACGAAUAAAUCCUUUUGCUGCAGAAGGUGAAACAUCCAAAGCAGAAAAUAAUGCCACUGCAGAGUUAAAUAACACAGAUGCUCCUGACGUGUCAAAGGUGAAAAAUAAAGAAGAGAAACCUCCAUCAAAAUAUUUAUCAACUGUUUUAUUACCAGCAUUGACCAAGCUCAGUACAAGUCACAGUAGCCAGGGGCGUUCAGUUGAGCACCUCACUGAGGCGUUCAAAUCAAUAGAGACGUCCUGUCCAGGCUUCAGUGACGGCUUUGUAGAAAAGAUUAUAGACAAUGUCAAGCGUUCUAAAAGGUGAUAACAAAACAAGAUCCAUGGCGUAACACGACGUAGAACACAAGUCAUCGCUCCGUACAAGCUGCUUCUGAUCAGCUCCUGUUCACUAGCAUUAACUUAUUUCAUGUUAAAAGAAAACAUAACUUUUUAUCACAGAACGUUUUAAAAAAAAUGUACAGUCUAGCGUAUCGUUUUCCAGUUUUUCGUAAUGGCUCGUAAAAGUAAUCUAGGAAUCAAAGGUGAAUAGAAUGGAACAUGUUUUGUAAAAAGUUAAUUAUUAAUCAGAAACGCAAGACAGUUGGAAGUCACGCUAUAUUUAGGCUGGAUUACCAGAUAGACAGGACUCGAGUGAGCCGUGGAAAUAAAACCUGCGCUGUAUUGGGCUAUUUUUGCCUGCAUCUCAGCUACAGAAGAAACGUAAGGGAUUCCCGAGCGUUUUAAUUUCCUUUCUGGUACAAAUUACGUUCAACGUACUCUCCGUCAAAAGAAAUCUAUAUAUGCAACCGUUUAAAUUUUGAGCAAGUGGUAUACAAUUGUUUCUUUCUCACUAUUUUGAAGUAUUACCUUGAGGAUAAAUUCAACGCAGUUAUAUGGGGCGUAACGCAAGCGUUGCAUGAAAAAUGUAACGUUGUCCGAAGGAGACUGGUUUCUAUGUGCAUGAUGGACUCUUUACAUGCCUUGGCGGGCGUUCUGUUCGUUGUUCUGUCGCGUGUCUUGGGCGUUGCGUGAUAUCUGACGUAAGGGUUAUGAAGAAGAUUAGGAAUAGAAAUUGUGAAAAAAAGAAAUCGUGCAUUUUUCACUA